CAACGCCUUGUCUCCAAUGCCACCACGACAAGGGACGUCUGGAACAUCUGGGACAUCGGGCUGCAAAGACUUCUGCAUCUGAAGGCCAUCACUCCUCCGCAGAAUUCUGCUCAGCACACCUUCAUUGAUCUCUUGAAGCCGUUGAGCUCCAUUCUGACAACAUGGCGCCCGAUCUCAACUCUGUUCCACCUUCUCCUCGACCCGUGGCUUCUUCCCCGCAAGUCACAUCAAGAACACCUUCGAGGCGACCUUCUCAGCAGAUGCCUCCGCCGACUGUUCGACCUUCUUCCCCUUCUUUAAAUAUCCUACCCUCGAACCAGAGCGUGGUUAAUCAAGCCUCUCCGACCAUGGCAUCACCAGCCGUGCCUCCUCUCGCGUCGGGAGGAAUUGUCGGCCCUCUUGGAGACAAUACGGGUGUUGGGACUGGUCCUGGCCCUUUAAGACAUCCCCGACCUUUGACAGCUGCGGACCUCCAUCUGCAAUUGGAGAAGGAACAGGAAGCUGUCGUCAAUCGAUUAACAAGAGAGCUUUCCAUGCUGCGAGCAGCCCAAAAUGCAUCCGUCGUUUCCAAUGCCUCUUCCACCUCCGCCGGCCUCCCUGAUCCCGCUGACCACGGUGCAAACCACCUCCUCUCCGGGCCCUCGCACCCCGCCCCCUCCCAACGCCGACACCAUCGCUCCUCCUCAAGCACCAGUACUCGUAGCAUUACAGCCGGUAUAACAGGAGGCCUGAGCAGCGUCGGCGGAAUCACAGGUAGCAUCUCGUCAGGUGUUGCACCAGACCGGAGCCGCGGCACUCUUCCACGUCACGACUCCACCCAGUCCCAAUCUCUAAGCCGACAGAACUCUAUAACCGGCUCGAGAAGAAGUGGAGCCAGUAGCCCGGCACCAUUGAGCUCUGCUCAAUCGAGCUAUCAGCAUCCCGAGCACUUCUCACAUUACUACCAGCAACGAGCAAGCCUACCUCAUCGCGAGCCAUCAUCAGGCAGUGUGCCUGGAUUGGGGCCUGGAGAGGGAUUGAGAAGCGACAGCGUGACGAGCGUGCAGACAACGGGGCGCUACGAGGAGACAGCCCAUCAUAGACAUGAGCUAGAAGCCGUGAAGAGGGAGAACGAAGCGCUCAAGAGGAGAAUUAGGGAAUUAGAGCGGAUGUUAUCGAGAACGAGCAGACAAGGUGACCCGAGCAGGACGAGAAGCGAGAGCGUUAGUACCACGGCAAGUGUGCGUGAUAACACGACUGGCGUCCUCCUGGGUAGGGAAAGAGAAAACGAGGCCGACGACGAGGUUGUCCGGGUUGGCGAAAGCGCGCGGAGUACUGGAGUUUUACGGUAGAGAACGGACGGACGGACGGAUGGAUGGGGAUGUGAGUGUGCAGCGUCACGCUUUACGAUGUCUAUGAAUGAAUGGGUCUCUUUUAUUUACUCUCUGGCGGUUUGGGCGGACGUAUGGUAGGGAAAAUUAUGGCGUUUUCGAUCGAGGGCACAGUGCAAGCUUGAGGUUUGUUUGUUUGUUUUACAAGCAGGAUACAGAUACAGAACACAAUUCCAUUCCAUUCCAUUGACCAAUCAAUCAUAUCGAGGC